AUGGUAGUUAUCCACUGUUCAUCAAAAUAUCAGCCUAUCAAACAACUCCUGUAUAGCUGCUGGCCCCUGCGGCCGGGCUCUCGUGUCCAGUUCGGUGUCUGCCGCCUCCAGCCGCGCCUCUUGUUUUCCAGCGCGCCGGCCGCCCCCGCCGCCCGGCCGCCCAGCGACAGCAGCCGGACCCCCGCCGCCGCCCCCGCCGCCCCCGCCAAGUGUGGCUGGGAGCCGCCCUUGGGAAAUGCGGUGGACCCGGGGCUGGUGCAGAGAGCAGCCCGAGCUGUGGUGGGCGGGUGGGUCGCCUCCACGUGGCCUGUGAGCCUCUCUCAACAGGAGAGAGGGAGGAGGCUGAUAGAGGCGGCCAAGCAGGGCGCGGUGGAGCAGCUGCGCGAGUUACUGGCGGCGGGGGCGGACGUGGGGGCGAGGGAGGAGGGGUGGGGGAACAGCUGGACCGCCCUGCACUUUGCAGCACGCGGGGGUCACGUGGCGGCGGCCAGCUGCCUCGUCGGCGCCGGCGCGGAGGUCGACGCCAGGACCAGCCGGGUGCAGUGGACGCCCCUGCACUGGGCUGCAUUCAAUGGCCACGCUGGUGUGGUGCGGCUGCUGGUCGGCGCCUCUGCUGACCUCAACGCCAGGGAUCAGUGGGGGCGGACGCCGCUGCACUGGGCGGCAGUGGAGGGCCGGGCAGAAGCGGCGGCUGAGCUCCUCCUGGCGGGGGCGGACAGGGGGGCCCGGGAUGAGCGUGGCAGGACCCCCCUGGACCUCGCCAGGCAGGAGGGAAAGCAGGAGCUGGUGGAUAUGCUGACACAACGCUGA